CAGUGAAGGCAGCAUUGCCCUCAGUCUUCCGUUUGUCGGAUACAAACGCAGCUUCAAAACAUGACCGCUUCUGUUAUUGUCCGAAGGUUAGCAGCUCUGUCAGGGGCUUCGGCUGUGGCUGCAGGGGCAUACGGAGCUCACGGCUUCAAAAACAGCGACCCUGAUGACUACCAGAGAGUGCUAUUUGAAACUGCCAACAAGUACCAUUUCUACCACAGCCUGGCCCUGCUGGGUGCUGCCCACUCGAGCAAACCUGCUGUGGCUGGGACCCUCCUGAUUGCGGGCAUGGGGAUGUUUUGUGGCUCUCUGUACCACCAGGCCAUGACAGGAGACCCUGGCCUACGCAAGGUGGCUCCCAUGGGGGGUGUAGCUAUGAUCGCUGGCUGGCUGGCCAUAAUUCUCUGAACUGUAACAGUUCAUAUCCCCUCCAAAGGGCCACUGAGUGACACUAAACUGUCAGGCUGUUAAUGGAUGAACUGGAGAGCCUGUGAGAGUUUGCUGAAAGGUUAAAAGUGCUGAGUAAUGUGGCCCAUCUAACCGCUCCCUGUCCUGGGUUGUGGGUGUCAGCGGGAGAUAAGGUCACAGGAUUAUCACUUUUCUGCCAUUGCUUUCAGUUUCUGACUGGUGCCAUCGAGUUGAAAUGGAUACACAAGCGUGUAGGAUGUUGUCUCCUCAACAAUUUGUUGACAUGUCAAUUUUGUACUGGGACAGAAAAUCAUUAAUUGGCUAAUAGAAAUUCUCAAUGCUUUACUUAAGUUUGUGAAUAUUACUGUCGCUUCUUUUUUCGCUUGUUUUUACUAUAUUUCCACCUACUGCAGUAAAUACAGUUUCUAUAUUUCUGUACAUUUAUACAGCAUAGGUUGUCAAAUAGUAAAAAAUAAAAGGAAUUAAAAAGAGAAAUAAAUACUUCUUACACAUUG